GCGAGCGGCCGCUAGGGAGGCAGCGGCUCCCCUCUCCCGGCAAGGGCGGCGGCAGCGGUGCUGGGCGGGGCCGGGCUCGGGGCUAGCGGCGCGGCUGCAGGGGCUGUGCGAGGCACUGCGGGGCUGCGAGGCCCGCGGAGAGGCUGUGCGCGCUGAGCCGACCUCCGCGGCCACCGCGCUGCUCGCCCUGGGUGACGUCGUCCCGGGGUCCCCAGCAUGACCGAGCUACGGCAGAGGGCUGUCCGCGAGGACGCACCGCCGGAGGACAAGGAAUCGGAGUCAGAAGCAAAAAUAGAUGGAGAGACUGCAUCAGACAGCGAGAGCCGGGCCGAGGCAGCUCCCCCACCAACCUCCGUAGACGACACCCCAGAGGUCCUUAACAGGGCCCUUUCCAACUUGUCUUCAAGAUGGAAGAACUGGUGGGUGAGAGGCAUCCUGACUUUGGCCAUGAUUGCAUUUUUCUUCAUUAUCAUUUACCUGGGACCAAUGGUUUUGAUGAUGAUUGUGAUGUGUGUUCAGAUUAAGUGUUUCCAUGAGAUAAUCACUAUUGGCUACAAUGUGUACCACUCCUACGACCUGCCCUGGUUCAGGACCCUCAGCUGGUACUUCCUCCUGUGUGUAAACUACUUCUUCUAUGGUGAGACAGUGACAGACUACUUCUUCACUCUGGUCCAAAGAGAGGAGCCUUUGCGGAUUCUCAGUAAAUACCACCGGUUCAUUUCCUUUACCCUGUAUCUCACAGGGUUCUGCAUGUUUGUGCUGAGUCUAGUUAAGAAGCAUUAUCGACUGCAGUUCUACAUGUUUGGCUGGACCCAUGUGACCUUGCUUAUUGUGGUAACCCAGUCACACCUUGUUAUCCAUAACUUGUUUGAAGGAAUGAUAUGGUUCAUUGUUCCCAUUUCAUGUGUCAUCUGUAAUGAUAUCAUGGCCUAUAUGUUUGGCUUUUUCUUCGGUCGGACCCCACUCAUUAAGCUGUCUCCAAAGAAGACCUGGGAAGGCUUCAUUGGGGGCUUCUUUGCCACUGUGGUGUUUGGCCUUCUGCUCUCCUAUGUGAUGUCUGGGUACAGAUGCUUCGUCUGUCCUGUGGAAUACAACAAUGACACCAACAGCUUCACUGUGGACUGUGAGCCGUCUGAUCUAUUCCGCCUGCAGGAGUACAACAUUCCUGGAGUGAUCCAGUCCAUUGUUGGCUGGAAAACAGUGAGGAUGUACCCUUUCCAGAUCCACAGCAUCGCCCUCUCCACCUUUGCCUCGCUCAUUGGUCCGUUUGGAGGGUUCUUCGCAAGUGGAUUCAAACGAGCCUUUAAAAUCAAAGACUUUGCCAAUACCAUUCCUGGUCACGGAGGCAUCAUGGAUCGCUUUGACUGCCAGUACCUGAUGGCCACCUUUGUCAAUGUGUACAUUGCCAGCUUUAUCAGGGGCCCAAACCCGAGCAAACUGAUUCAGCAGUUUCUGACGUUGCGGCCAGAUCAGCAGCUCCACAUCUUCAACACACUCAAGUCUCAUCUGACUGACAAGGGGAUCCUGACCUCUGCCUUGGAAGAUGAGUAGUGUCCACCCGGGGCCAGGAGAGCCGGAGCAGGACUGAGUGAGGGGCAGGUCACCAAGGCCAGCCCACAUGCUGUGACUUAGAUAAUGAAAAGCUUCAACUCACUGGUUUUUUUUUGUUUUGUUUUUUUGUUUUGUUUUUAAAUUGUGAGUUCUGUUUCAUUUUUUAAAAAUCUGUAUAUACAGUCUGUUUAUAAUGUGGGCUGUGUGUAAGCUAUAGCUUUGAGCUGCAAAGAAGUCACAGGGAAGAACCAUUUGGGUUUCUUAAGUACAGGUAUUGAACAACAUGAAAGACAGUGUUGCCCAGCUCAGGGGGUCUGCUUGGUGGUUCUAACCCCACGCAUCUAGUUGUUUCCAGGUUGUGAGAGGCCGUACAUGGAUCUAUGUCUGAUAGUAGAGAGGCUUUCCCACCUGGCAGGGCUUGAUCGCCUUGUGGCUUUUGCUCAACACCUUUCACUGGGGCUUCUGCAGGCCUCCCUGCCUGGGAGCAAUGGAGGGCUGCCUUCUGUAGACCUGAGGGAGGGAGGCUUACUGAUCAGAUGAGCAUCUCGUCCAAGCCAGAAUCCUGCAGAAGGCACAUGCACUUUGUUUAUAGUUGGCUUUCACCAUGCAGACCGAAAGAGGAUUUCAGACUUCAUUUUUCUCAGAAGGCAUGAAGAACUCUCGGAGUCUGAAAAGAGAAACCCACACUGUAGUAUUUCAAGUGUGUGCAGUAGAAUGCGCUGUCACUGCUUCCCCUGCCACCCAGGCUCCAGUGGCUCCGGGGGAGGUCUGCAGAGCUGAGGCCUUCACAUCUGUGCUGUGGGUUUGCGGCUGCUGAAUUCUUCCGGGGACUCCCGAGAGGGGGGGAGCAGGGGCUUGGGUUCACACCCCUUUGCCUGGAAGCUCACUCGUGUUGCUGCUCUGUUGUGUAUAUAGUACACCUGGGGUGAGUGUGUGUCUGUCUGUGUGUUUUACAGUCCCUUGUUUCCUACACGAUUUCAGUCACACCCAGACUUCCUCCCAGAGUCCCUGAGUCCUGCUUAGAACUGCCGCAAGGCUCAGUGUCCACUUUGUAUGAAAUGUGACCAGUUUAGAUGUAGUUUGUACUUUUCUGGGGGACCUCUUGCUGUUGUUUGUAUAAACUGUGAUUGUUCUUUUCCUUCUUAAUCAUAAGUUGAGAUUGAUAAGUUGAGAGGUUGGUUCUUUGUCAGGCCCAGGAGCAGUCGGCAGGGAAGGAACUUGUUCCUCAAGCGUGUUGACACCAUGGCACACCCACUGCUGAGGAGGGUGCAGAGACUUGCUUUCAGCACCGUGGUCUGGGGCAGUUUGUCUUCAGAUCAGCCUUCCCGUCCCCUCCAGUGCGCAGACCGCUCUCAGAAUGUCUGCCCUGUGCCACCGUGCCUCCCACGUGGGAGGGGAUGGAACACAGUUUUGGCUCGGACCUUCAACUUGCAUGUCAGCCUUGUGGCUUUUCUUUCUCAGCUCCCAGGGCUGCUGCGUUGGACCUGCUGUUGCCUUGGGUUCGGUUCUUCGUGUGGCCCUGGGUGGGAAGUUUUGCUCUCAGGGUUCUUCUUUUCUGACUUACCUUGAAGUUGACCAGUUCUGUAAUUCUACAGAAAAGUUCCUGUUGCUACUGAGUCAUGUCAUGGGCACCCGAAAAAGGAAAUACACCCAGGCGGAUUUUACAGUUGCUCCUUGAGUUGAGUCAGUGUUGUCUUCAGAUUUUCAGGUCAGGAAUGAGACUGUCCUUUUCUGACUGAAGAAUGACCUCAGAUCACCAAACUAGAUAGAGAAGGGCACACCAGUCCCCAGCAGCGAGGCUCACUCCUGAGCAGCAGCGACUGAGGCUUGAGGAAGCACUUGCUGGAGUCUGAAAAUCUGAAACCCAAGAGCCAGAGGUUUUGAUUCUUUUCUGAGUUCUCGGGAAAGAGAAUUUCCCAGUUAAGUAGCCAGGAGAGCAAUGUCACUGUGUGUCUGUCCAGCUUGCUGUCUGUCCCAUUAAACAGGCAGGAUCCUAGAGACUACUUUAACAUGCACCAUGCAGAUCUCAAUGGCUCACAUAACUUGCUUUACACUCAUUUUGUUUUGUCAGAAAUAAAAUUUUUGUGCCUUUCCUUGUCAUGAAGUCAGUGUUUGUCCCUUCAUGCAUGGCUUUUGUUUCCCAUUGGGUGACUGUAAAUACUGUGCAGUCUUAACUGGGAGGGCGUGGUUCUCCUGUUGUGUGCCCUCUACUCAUAACAGCCUUCUGAGGUACUCAGAUGAGAGCCGUGGGGUGGAACCAGAAAGUGCUCCAUCUCACAGUGUGCCUGCGUACAGGAGGAUCCAGUCCUUGUGUCCCCAACACCGGGAGUGCUGUGGUGUUCCUUCUCUCGGGCCCCGGAGGCCUGAGCCAGGCCAGGCCUGGGCAGUGCUUAGAUGGCUGUUAGCUCAUAACUGGUGAGGUAGGGAUUUGGUGGACAAUGGGCCCCCAGAACCUAGGCUGACAGAGAACAAGCCAGGGUGAGUUUGCUCAUGAGUGUUGCCAGGAAACGGAGCCUUCCCUCUGGGUGUGCGUUUCCCGCCCUCUUAACCACCUCAGUAUGAAAACAAAGCUCCUGUUUGCAUUACUUCUGAAAGUGAAGUCCUGUAAAGAAGUUGGGAGAGUGUACACACACACACACACACACACACACACACACACACACACACACACGGCCUAUUUCACAGUCUCAGCCUUUUAGUUUCUGUUUUAUAACCACAUUUAAAAUGUAUUUAUUCUUAAUGUACUGUAGUAUACAUGGAUCAGUCUUCAGGGGUAUGCAAAUCUAAUAUGUGAUCUUACAUAGGUGGACUGUGAAACUAUUUUACAAUAUUUCACUCAUGCUUGCUUUCAUCCUGUAACCUAGUCUGUAAUAUGCAAGAAAAUUUGAGCAAUGUAUUUCAAAAGAAUCAACAAAGACCUUACAGGCUAAUUGCUGGGUUGGCAAGGGCCUGAUUUGAAUGAGUCCCUGAGUUGACUGAGCCCAUGGCAAGCUGAGGUCAGUCCCUGUGUUGAUGGGACUGGGAGGAGGAGAGACUUAAGGGCUUAGGACUGUGUCUCACCCACAAGACUGUAUGUUCCUUAUGAAGUCAGCCUGAGGUAGAUCUCCAGGGGAGACUUGCCCUCACUACCAAUGGGGGUCACAGCCAAGUUCUUGUGUUAGGACCAUCCACAGCCAUGUUGUCUGUUGUCUUCCAGAGUCUCAUAUCUGUGUCCACCAUUCCUGCGCACUGGGCUCAUGUGGGGAGGAGGGUGAUUUCGCCUGCACCCAGGCUUGUUCUUUCCAGGACAGGGUGAGGAGGGAGGCCUAAGAGAGGGUGACAAGGUGGCUGCUGCAGACGGAAUACGAGAGAGUCAGUGAGUGGACUCUGUCUGGAGCAUGGGGUGCAGAGGGCACCCAGAAGGAACCAUCAGCUUCCGAAGAGAGGAGGCUGAUUCUGGGGCCCAGCGUCAGACUCUUCCUGAUCUUGGUAAAUGAGACUUCCUUUCCUCUUUAUCGCUCUAGGCAGUUGCGCAGCAUCCUGGUUUUAAAGAGAUUAUUGGCUUCCACUUCCUGACUCGGUUUCCCUGGUUGAGUGGGGACCUUAGGGAGGGUGCUAGGGUUUGGAUCAGGUGAUAGAGGAGGGUCUUUGUUUAAGGGCUUUGCUGGGCCUGUCUGCAGUGUCCUAGCCAGUCCUCAUUCAAAUUCUUCGAGCGUGGGCCCGUGCUUAGGAGCAUUCAUAGCUGCUGACGGCUUCUGUUAGAGUGUGGUCCACCUUUCUGCCCCCUCUAGUCUUCCUCUCUUCAGGUUGACUGGCAGCGACCCUACCUGGGUUACCAUUGGGCUGCUCCUUCACUGGGCAAGCCACUCUAUUGUUUCCAAAGGUCCAAAGGCCCUGGUGUUGGGGCAGUUCAGAGGUGUGCUUUGAAUGCUGGACUGUUGGGGUUAUAGGACAUAGGGUUGAUUUUUGAGACUAGAAGGGCAGAAUAUGCAAAAGCUAGAGUUUUCUGACCAGUGAUCUUCAAAUCCAUUGGCUGUUUGAAGACCCUGUCCCCAUCCUUCCUGUUCGUCAGGUGCCUAUCUGCCCGGCUCUUUAUCUUAUUCUCCGGCUGGCGAAAUAGCAGCAGUGUGUUAUUAACAAUUGUAAUCAUAUAGUGCUUAAUACGUGCCAGACACAGUGCCAAGGGUUUGCAUGUGUUAUCUCCUUUAAUCCAGAAGAUGCUCUGGCUGCGUGUUAUCCCACCUUAUCCAUGGGAAAGCUGAAGCUCUGUGUUAGAGGUUGAGAACAAUGUGAAGAGGACAGACUUGAGGCUCAGCUAGCUCUACAUCUGGCCAGGUUAUAGGCUGCUGGCAGCCUUCACUUCCAACCAGCUGGCUGUGAGGAUGUGUGUGAGGAUUUAAUGAGGUAAUGCAUGUAAGCAUUUAGCAAGGUGCCUGGCACAUAGUAAGCACUCAAUAAAUGGUAGUUGCUUUUUUAGUUUAUUUUUUAAACUGAGCCCAGUGAGCAGUUUGGCCCACACUGAUGGGCUGCUGGGUAUUCAGCCAUCACACUCUCACUGCCUGCACGUAGUUUGGUGUUUGUGUCCUAUAAAGUGACCACACUGUCUAUCCACACUUCAGCAGUCCAAUUGGAAAGAGCCCUAGCAGGAACUUGGCAUUUUCUGUGGCAUUAAGGCCACCCUGACUGAGGGAAGAUGUGAGGCUGCUUCCGAGCCUCUUUUCCCUCACAGGAAGGCUGUUUGCUCUGACCUGGGGUGCCUCCACUCUGGAUAGCAAGGGCCUGUCUUGCUCUGGACCCCACUUUCCCCAGCCAAGGCCUGUACUCUGUUGUACAGUUCAGGAAUCCAUGAUUCUCUCUGUAAGUGGGUAUUUUCAGGAAUGGAGCAGGAUAGAGAAAACAGUCCUGAGGCUGAGUGCACCAGCCAGAACCCUAAAAGCCCUGUCUAUACUCUUGACACCAUAACCAUUCCACCCUGUGUUUCUCAAAAGAACAAGUUAGAGCACGUGACCGUUAAGGACAGGUGAUGUUUCUGUCUGUUCUAGAUUAGCAGGAUCACAUAUCACAUAGACUGGUAAUCAUGAAUGGAGAAGUGCUUAAUCAGUUCUCUGAAUGGAUGUAGGGAAUUGGGAGAAAAAAUGAGAGAGAGAGAGAGAGAGAGAGAGAGAGAGAGAGAGAGAGAGAGAGAGAGAGAGAGUAUGUGUGUCUUGGACAAGUCUUCACUUUGAGUGGCAUUAGCUAGCAUGACCUAGGGGAUUCUCAGACCAUGUGAAUAGGAACUUCUGUUCUGACUGUGGACUCUCCCAGGGUGUUAAUGGGACCUGCAGGCCUGUUGCUGGAAUUCAGACACUGAGCUCCCCUUGCUCUUCUGGACUUGUGUUGGCCAGCCCAGGCCCUUCUUCCUUCAUUGUGCCCUCUGAUGGACCAGGCGGUCCUUUAUCUGGAGAGAAAAGUCCAGUGUUAGCAGAGGUCCUGGGGCACUGAUUUCCUAGACCCUGGCUAGGCCCAGCUCCUUGGCUCUUGAAGGACUUUGGAUGAACACAGCAUUCAGAAAGACUCGCCACACGGCCAUGUGCCCCAAGCGGAAGUGUGCUUUAGAUGUCACCUUCUUGGCCAUCUCUGCCCUCCUCACGCGGAUCUUUUCCUCACCCACUAGGCUCGUGUGUUGGUUUUCCUGGCUUUCCUCAAAGGAACACUGAUGUAGCAAAAGGGUCAGAGUGUUUUCGCAGUGAGCUCAAUGUGCACAUACACAUGAGAGUCCUUUGUGUGAGAUCUCUUCUCAUGUCUUGGUUUCUGUCAUGGGUCACACUGAGCGGGUGUCCAAGGCUAAGUACAAAGGGAAAAAGAGCGGAGGCAGGGUUACCAGUCAGACCCUGGGAGGCAGCAGCUUUGUCCAGCUCAGGGGCUCCCGAGAAGCCAUGGGGACAACAGGACCGAGAGCAGGGGACAGGGUGGGAGUCACACAACCAAAGGUUAGACUCAAACCCGUUCAGUGCUCCUCAGUGGCUGUAGGGACCAGACGGCACUUCAGAAAAAAUGUCCUGGGAGCCUAGGGGCUCAUUGGCCCCUUCUAGAGCCUGUGUGGACUCGGAUCUCAGCUGAAGUUGAACACCUUCCAGACAGCAGUGGGGAUGGAUCCCAGUGGCAGGGCAGAGCACCCCCAGUUUCUCAGCCUCAUCCAGUGUGUGGAGGGCCCCGCUGAGUCCACUUGUCUUACACUGCCUGCCUGCUUUCCUGCCCUCGGACUCGGGGGACUGGGGCGCAGCACUUGGCCGUGUGGAAUCCAUGUGAUAAUCCUUGGGUCUCCCCAGAUAGAUCUGUGCUUUUGUGUUCCUGUUGACCACUUCUCCAAGCCAGGUUUCCCUAAAUCAGUGUUUUCACAAUGUCCCACCUUUCUCUCUGCACUUAUGAUUGGUGUAGGACACAUGUAGAUUCUUUUUAGUGCAGUAUAAGAAUGUGAUAUAUUGUAUAUUGGAAAGUAUUUACCUUAUUUAUAUACCUGAAUGUUCCUAUUAAACAAAUAAACAUAUAUUAAAUUCUA